CCGACACCCUGACUAGCAAGUUCCAUCUCUGCAGAAAUGUUCUCUCUGUCUUCGGUCUUUGUUGGUUUGUUGUGCGUCGCCACCGCAAGCGCUCAGCUUAUUACUGGCGCAUUCACAUGCGAGGCUGCAGGCGAAUAUACACUAUGCCAAAACCUGUGGGGAGCAGCCGCCGGCGUUGGUGGUCAAAAUUCGACGUUGAUCAGCACCUCUGGCAACGAGGUGUCGUGGAUGACCAACUGGACGUGGGCCAAUGGCCCUAACAAUGUCAAGAGUUAUGCAAAUGUAGAGUCGAGCACUGUAAAGGGAGCGCAACUCUCAAACAUCACCAGUGUGCCAACCGCGUGGAACUGGACGUAUGCCACAAAAUCGUCGGAUAUUCGUGCUGAUGUGUCAUACGACAUCUGGCUCGGUACCACUCCGGACGGCACUCCUGCUACUACCGCCUCCUCCUAUGAAAUUAUGAUCUGGCUGUCAGGCCUUGGCGGCAUCCAACCCGUCGGCUCCGUCAAUACGUCUGGUAUCCAGAUCGGUGGACAUAACUGGACUCUCUGGAGUGGCCCUAACGCCAAUUGGGAGGUGUUUUCCUUUGUCAGUGCCGAUGGGGACAUCACCAGCUUCACCUCAGACCUGAACGAUUUCUUCGAAUAUUUGGUAGCUAAUCAGGGAGUUUCUACUUCCCAGUUCCUACAAGCUAUUCAGACGGGGACGGAACCUUUCGUUGGUUCUGCGGACCUCAUUAUUGAGAGCUUCAGCGUCUCUCUCAGCUGAACGCGGUCGGCAGCUUGUCUAUAGGGAUGACGUGAACCGCUCAUUGCUGUCAAGUUCACGUGUAGACCAGUCACAGCUUCAGUGAACCUUGAUGAGACCUGUUUUGGCCAGUGAAUGGAUUUGGUUGUGACUCAUGUGUUUCCUUCUCCCUACCCAAACGUGACUUAUACGGGGUCCAUAGCCUCCAGGCCCCUGCUCCCC